AUGAAGUUUAUGACAUGGAACGUCAAUGGGAUUCGCGCAUUGACACAAUAUCAUCCCUAUUGCGACGACCUGCAUAAAAAUUAUAAGGAGAUUCUUGAUUACCUUGAUGCGGACGUAAUAUGUCUACAGGAAACAAAAAUCACGCGUGCUAAGCUUGAGUCGGACAUAGCUCUUGUUCCUGGGUACGAUUCAUAUUGGUCUUUUCAUCGUACUAAAUCCGGGUACUCUGGGGUUGUCAUUUAUGUUAAGGAUCAUAUUAAGCUCCUUGCAGUAGAAGAAGGCAUUUCUGGUGUAUUCUCAGAGAAUGUCUCGCUACAACCCCCCAAUGCUAUGGUUCCGUUGAAUACUCAGACUUGCAGCAACAGUAGUAAGGCUAAAGGAGUUGGAGGAUAUCCAUCAUUGGAUGAUGGCGACAGUGCUGCUAUAUUUGCGCGCUAUCAGGAGUUGGAUUCAGAAGGUCGGGGCCUUAUUAUCGAUUUUGGGCUGUUUGUCUUGUUCAAUUUGUACUGUCCGAAUGAGACAGAUGAGACGCGGCUACCAUUCAAGAUGGACUACUAUCAUCUAUUGGAAUCUCGCGUUCAGGCUCUGAUUAAAGAAGGAAGACAAGUGAUUGUGAUGGGUGAUAUGAAUGUGGUGCCAACUGAGCUUGACCAUUGCGAUCCUGCGAAAUGGAAGAAAGAGACAGGUGAGAGUGACUUUACAAACACACUACCUAGACGGUGGUUCAACAGCUUCUUGGCCCCUGCUGGACCAAUGACAGAUCUGUAUCGAAUAUUUCACAAAGAUAAACCUGGUGCAUUCACAUGCUGGAAUGCCAAAAUCAAUGCAAGGCCGUCUAAUUACGGAACCCGGCUAGACUAUGUUCUCGUAACUAAGGGGCUUUUACCUUGGUUCAAAGCGUGUGACCGACUACCCCACAUCGUAGGGUCAGAUCAUUGCCCUGUCGUUGCGGAAAUGUUCACAGAGCUUGUGAUAGAAAAUUCUACUCAAGAAAAAGAACAGGAUCAAAAGGCAUUUCAAAAACUUCAUGAGCUGUUAGAGUCGUACGGAGGAACUACGGAGCACUCAUUAGCUGCAAAGUAUUAUGAAGAAUUUUCAGGAAAGCAGCAAAAGCUCUCUGCCUUUUUCAAAAAGCCAUCUUCAGCGACACUAAAACCUAUAACUGGAAGCGAAUUAAAGCGAUCUUCUCCCCUAGAUGACCACGAGGAUCAAUUACCCAGGAAGAAGUCAUAUUUCUCCAAUGAUCAGGUUGUCAAUGAUGAUCCCUCACCUAAAACCGACACUAGACUAAGUGCAUCAAAUGUAUCGUCCUUAUUGCCACUAUCGAAUUCAGUGCCUUCUACUACUUUGCCUAGCCAGAUACCCAAAAUUAAUAACAAAAUAACAACGAAGGCUAAGUCUGGUCACUUGAUCCAAGAUAAAAGUUCUUUCAAAAAGCCCGUCAAUCCUAGAUCCUCUGGACAACAGAGCGUGUUGUCAUUUUUUUCAAAGGCUGAACAGGAGUAUAUCAAUGAAUCUCAAUUGUCAAAUACCUCAUCAUCACCGCCACACUCUCAAACACCGGACUCUUCCUUUUCAUCAGCAACAUCAGCCCCGUCAUCAUUGUCUUCAACAUUUUCACCCAGUGAUUUUGCAGAUUGGAUACCAGGAUCACAGGAUAUAUUACCGUUCUCGACAAAUGGCGAAGCUACUACGUCCAAAUGGCAAAGUUUGUUCCAGCCCAAGACUAUUCCAAAGUGCAGAGUCCACGGAGUACCAUGUACUGAACACACCGUCAACAAGAAAGGUCCCAACAAAGGACGACGAUUCUUUUUAUGUUCACUACCCGUCGGUCCUGAAGACGACACUAUUAGGCCGAGGCCAGAAUAUCGGUGCAACUUUUUCGAAUGGCGAAAAUCAGAGCGUAAAAAAUAG